CCCAGCUCAGAGUCCUAGGCUUGAGGGUCAGCAUCCACUUCACUACGGAGCCUCAGGGCCGCGGGCCCACGUCUCGUGUCCUCUGAGCAGUCCCAGGCCCCAGCCUCCGCCAGGGAGCGGAAGUCGCAGACGGCGAGACUGGCCAGGGCGGAGGAAGGCGGACGCGCGUGGGCGCGGGGGAAAGGCGAUGUCCACCGGCUCGGUGAGUGACCCUGAAGAGAUGGAGGUGCGGGGGCUGCAGCGGGUCUACCCGAUCCCCACCUCCAAAAGGCCGCCUCUCCUUGGCGCGGAGCGCAGCUACGCCUCUCCCAGUGACAAUUCCUCUGCGGAGGAGGAGGACCCCGACGGCGAGGAGGAGCCGCGCGCCCUAGGCGCCGCGCGGGAUGCCGAGCGCUGCAAGAGGAAGCGGCCGGGCACCGCUGGGGGCGGUGGCGCAGGUGGCGCUGCGGGCGGCGGCGGCAAGAAGCCCCUCCCGCCCAAGGGCUCGGCCGCCGAGUGCAAGCAGUCGCAGCGGAACGCGGCUAACGCCCGCGAGCGCGCCCGGAUGCGGGUGCUGAGCAAAGCCUUCUCCAGGCUCAAGACCAGCCUGCCCUGGGUGCCGCCUGACACCAAGCUCUCCAAACUCGACACGCUGCGGCUGGCUUCCAGUUACAUCGCGCACCUGCGCCAGCUACUGCAGGAGGACCGCUACGAAAACGGCUACGUACACCCGGUGAACCUGACGUGGCCAUUCGUGGUCUCUGGACGACCCGAUUCUGACACCAAAGAAGUUUCCUCAGUCAACAGGUUAUGUGGAACUUCGGCUUAGAUCCGCAGCUCACCUGAUGGAUUCUGUUAAACGAGGGGGUUGGGGGCGGAGGAGAAAAGGGAGAGCGAGCGUGAGGGACCCGACGACCCACAGGAGGGCCUGCUGGAUUCUGGAUCUUUCCCUUUUCCUGGAGCGGCGAACCAUACAGGUGGCGGCGUGGCAGCCUCGGUUCAGCGCGGGUGGCAGAAGCCGCCUUGGACUGCGCUACAACGUUUCUGCCAGAAAGAGCUUAGGUUCCUGUGAAGAGCGUGGGCUAGCUCCAAAUAGGGGCUUUGGUUAUGUGGACAAACCUCGGCUGCCAUCUGAACCCAACGCCCAACCUGCGAGGGCUUGAUUUCGGAGCUGAUCCAGAUUUACUGUGCGAUUGAUUGGCAGUGUUCUGCGCAUUCCAGGCAUUUUUUUGUGACCUGGGUGGGUGGAGAGCACUCUGGGUGCCAUUGAAAAACUGAAGCCUUGGCGCUGAGCCGCAUAGGGCCUGCUUGUAGGUUGCAAAGCGGAAAGUUGUAUCCCUGGUCUUGGUUUGACUCCCGCCCUCUCGAGCGGGCGGGGCGAUGUCAUCUGGGCGGGUGGCAAGGUGGAGAUAUACUUCCCUGGCCACCAGAGGCCAAUUUUGCUUGCACUCGCUCCUGGCUGGGGUCCAUGUGUAAAGGUGUUGGGACCACCUGCUCGCCUGUUUUCCCACACUCUGAUGAUGUCAGCCUGGUUCAUUUGGGUCUCCCUUUCCUCCUCACUCCCACUCCACCCUGUGGUCCCUUGUGACUGCAGACUUUCCCCCAGUGCACUUCACCCCUCCCCAGCACUGCCUUCUCUGGCCCUCUCUUUCUUCCCAGCGCCAUUUUCUUUCUGGCCCUGGGGCACCCGGUGGGCGGCUGGGGCUGGUCUCUACCCACUGACUGCUGAUGGUGCUAAGGUCAGGCGCUGCUG